AUGGCAGUGCAAGGUGUUUUCUUUUGGAUGCGAGCCUGCGUGGUCCUGCAGCUUUGCUUAUCUCUACUCCUGCCUGCAGCGGCCUCAAAAACAAGUAGGAAUUACUAUGAAAUCCUCAACGUCGAGCCUACUGCAACUGCCAGCCAGAUAAAAAAGGCUUUCCGCAAACUGGCAGUGAAAUACCACCCUGAUAAAAACAAGAGCGCCGAUGCAGAGAGGACUUUCAGAGAGAUAGCUGAAGGUAAAAUGCUUGCAACUCACAAAAAAGUACUGUAAUGUUCAUCAGAUGAUUUCCUUAGAGUCAAGUUUCCUGUUUUGUAAAAGUGGAACUGUAACGCUAUUCAACAGAACUAUGCCUAGUCUUAACUUAAUGAUGUAAAUAGAAAUAGAUGAAAUCAUACAUAACAAAUAAUUUAACACACUUUUUAAAGCAACAUGUUCAUACCAGAUGUGCUAAGUAAAUGGGUCUAUUGCUUAACUUUUAGUGCUUUAUUUGACAAAGUUUGUUUAUUCUGACCUGUCCCUUUAGCCUACAAGGUUCUUUCUGACAAGGAGAAGAGGAGGCUGUAUGACAAUGUGGGACAUGCUGAUUUCCUUCAGGAGGGGGAAGCUUCAUAUGACCCCGAGGACCAACAUGAGUCAAACUUCCACUUCAGUUUUGCCGACUUCUUCCAUGAAUUUGACGAAGAUCCCUUUGUGGAGGAGCAUGUCUUCCACUGGGACUUGGAACAGGAUGAGGAGGAUGAGGACGGUUCACAUGAAGAUUACAGUUUUGAGGAGCCUGGUUUUAGCUUUUAUUUUGGUGAUGGGGGUGAAAAUGAAGAAAUGCACUUCUACUGA